AUGCGCCGUUCGUUGAUGUUGGCCGCCUGCCUCGCGGGCGUCGGGGCCGUCGCCAGUCCAGAUGAUAUCGGCUAUGUGCGACCAAGUCUCACGGCGUCGCUCUUCCCGUCCGAGCCCAAUGCCGACACUACCAAUUUCUUCCCCAUGGAGAAGUGCGGCGAGUUCGAGCUCGAGGAGGCCAGCAUUGACCAGAUGCAGGCUGCCAUGGCUUCGGGCACAUUGACUUCUGUCCAGCUCGUCGUGUGUUACAUGGUCCGUAACUUUCAGACAGACGACUACGCCAAUUCCUUGCUGCAGAUGAAUCCGGAUGCUCUGGCUAUUGCCGCGCAAAUGGACGCCGAGCGAGCUGCAGGUCGCGUUCGUGGUCCACUGCACGGUAUCCCGUUCACCGUCAAGGACAACAUUGCCACCAAGGACAACCUGGAGACGACAGCGGGAAGCUGGGCCCUGCUCGGAAGCAUCGUUCCCCGCGACGCCUUUGUCGUGGCUCGCCUGCGCGAGGCUGGCGCCGUCCUUCUCGGCAAGGCCACGCUGAGCGAGUGGGCCGAUAUGCGCAGCAACAGCUACUCCGAGGGCUACUCUGCUCGCGGUGGCCAGGCCCGAAGUGCAUACAAUCUGACCAUGAACCCGGGUGGUAGCAGCUCAGGCAGCGGUGUGGCUGUUUCUAUUAAUGCUGUUGCCUUUUCUCUCGGCACUGAGACGGAUGGCAGUGUGAUCAGUCCAGCUGAGCGUAACGGUAUCGUUGGUUUCAAACCAACUGUUGGACUGACUUCCAGGGCUGGCGUUGUUCCCGAGAGUGAACAUCAAGAUACUGUUGGAACCUUUGGAAAGACUGUUCGGGACGCGGUCUAUGCCCUAGACGGAAUAUACGGCAUUGACUCCCGCGACAACUACACUUCUGGUCAGGAAGGGAAAACGCCCGCUGGUGGCUAUGCGCAGUACUUGACCACAAAGUGCCACCUUAAGGGUGCAGUCUUUGGCCUUCCGUGGAACAGCUUCUGGGUGUAUGCUACCGAGGAGGAGCAGACGCAGCUUCUCGAGAUCAUUUCCAUGAUGGAGGCGGCCGGCGCCACCAUUGUCAACAACACGGAGAUCCUUGACUACGAGACCAUUGUCAGCACCAAUGGGUGGGACUGGGACUGGGGCACCACGCGCGGCUUUGCCAACGAGUCGGAAUACACAGUGGUCAAGGUUGAUUUCUACAACAACAUCAAGACGUACCUGUCAGAGCUAGAGAACACCGAGAUUCGCUCCCUCGAGGACAUCAUUGCCUACAACUAUGCCAAUGACGGCACCGAGGGCGGCUACGCGUACGGCACCAAGGUUGGCUCGGCCGCCUUCAAGUCGGGUCAGGAUGGCUUCCUUGCUUCCGUCGCAACCAAGGGCAUUCAAAACGAGACAUACUGGCAGGCCCUCGAGUUCAGCCAGACCUCGACGCGCAAUGGCAUCGACUACGCUCUGAACUACAAUGGCACCCAGUUGGCGGGACUUUUGGUUCCUCCCGAGGUCGGCCAGACCUACCAGAUAGCUGCUCAGGCCGGAUACCCGAUGAUCACCGUCCCGGCUGGUAUCUUUUCCGACACGGGGAUGCCGUUUGGUCUUGCCAUUAUGCAGACUGCCUGGGCCGAGGCCGAAUUGGUGCGUUGGGGAAGUGCCAUUGAAGAUCUCCUGCUCAAGUCCGGAACGCAGUAUGGCAGGACACUUCCAAAGUGGCACAGCUACCUGACGAGGAACAUUCCGGUCUACUGA